AUGUGCCAACGCCUGCGCCAUGCGGAGAAGCUCGCGAACGAGGCGGAGCGAAGAGGCGUCGCGGAGAGCGCUGGUACUGAUGCAGGCGCGAGCAGCAACGCUACUGCUGCUACAGGCACAGGCGCAGGCGCCGAGCGUGGCGCCGCCGUGGCAGAGCUGGACGAUGCGGCAGCUGUGCGGCGCAAUCUGCUGCUGGGGGUAUGGGCCUCGUACGCGCACCUAACACGCGGGCGCAAGCUGAUGUUCUUCUUCCGGCUCGGCCUGGCGCUAGCGCAGGUGGCCGUGUCGAUCGUGAUUCUGGCGCUGCCCACGAGCCUCGGCGACAGCUUUGCUGCAGACCGCUCGGGCAUAAAUGGCGGCGCCGGCGGGGGCGACCCAACGUGCGACCCAGAGCCUCUGUUCGCCUGGCUCUUCUUGCACAUGCUCCGCGUUACCGUCGCACUCCCGCUGGACGUCUACCUUGGCCUGAGCCCACACCGGACGAGCAGGGCGCGCAGGCCCAACGCACAGGGCCUUGAGGAGCGCGAGCGAGCGCGCACUUUCGGAAGCUUGCUUCUCGAUCGCAAGAUCAGCAAGAUCUCCGACCUCAUCAAUAUUGUUCAUCUGGUCCUGUUCAUCGUCGGCAACCAUAUCGUCUAUUCCAACACUGAAUGCUCCCGCGCGCCUGCGGACUCGGUCCCACUCUUCUGGACGUCGUUCAGCAUGCUGUGCAUCACCUACCUAAUCAUUCUCGAGAUACUGCUACUCGUUUUUGCCAUCGUCUUCUUCCUUCCGUGUGUCAUGUUUGCUAUGCGCGCUCUCGGCCUAGGCGAGCGCCUGCAGGGUAAGCAGCCGCCCACGUCCAAGGUGCCGCAAAAGGUAGCGGACGCGGUCAAGCUGGUGUACUACACACCAGAGGAGGUCGUCAAGGAAACAGAGCAGGCCACCGACGGGGCUGCAAUAAGCGCCGAAGCGGCAGAUAAUGAGCGCCCGCCUGCAUCAUCUGGCGCCGAGGACCUUUCCACGGUAUCCAGCGGCGCGGCAGACGAUCGCGAGUGGGAGAAGACGGCACCGGCAAGCAAGCGCCGCGUCGGCGGUGGGCUGGUGCGCCUCUUCCGCGUUCGACGACAUUCUGCACGCCACUUCCAGCGUGCCGACAUCACGAGAAGCAGCAGCAGUUGCAGCGACAACAACCCCUCGCGCGUCGACGCUAGCGCAGGCAUGUGUGCAGCAGCAGCAGCGGUAGUGCCCAGCAAGAAAACUCCGAAGCUCAAGUACCCGCUGCAUGCACUGCCUGCGCAUCGCGCAACGUGCCCGAUCUGCCUGUGUGACUUUGAACGCCCCGAGGAGACGCUCGCGAGGGAGGGCAUGGAACCGGAGCCACUGCGGCUCCUCGAUUGCGGGCAUACCUUUCACAAAAGCUGCGUGGACGAAUGGCUCACGACGGUAAGUGGGCGCUGUCCCGUCUGUCAGAAGCCAAUCCGCAAGGACAAGGUCGGCGCAGGCGCCGGUGCUCAAGACGGCGCUACGGAGGCGUAG